AUUUUGAGAAAAAUAUAGAAUGGACAAUAAUACUACUCGUAACUAUGCAACAAAUGAAGAAGGUUUCCAUGACCCUGAUUUAGAAAGAAACUCUGAUGAGAGUUAUCUUCGUUCAUCAGGACAAAGCUCAAAGCCUCAGGCUUCUAUUGUGAGGAGUGGUCAGCCUUCAAGAGUUGAUUUUAUUGGGAAAAGAUGGACACAAUUUUCUCUUCGAGUGCUUGUUUUGGUCGUAGUUGUCAUUACACUUAUUGUAGCAGCCUCUUUUCCAGGAAUCUUGCCAAAGGAAGACAUUGAGUGAAUCAAAGACGUUAUUUUUGAAUUUACAUGGAAAGUAAAUCAAUUUUUCGAUAAUAACACAAGCUCUAAACAUGCUUUUAUGAUCGUUUGAGGGCUGGCAAUGGAUAUUACUGUGCUGGGAGGGCUUCUUACCUUUGUAUUUAAAGGAAAGACUUGGAGAUUACCAAUAGUUAUGACCUUAUUCUAUCUUACAAGAUUGAUCAUACAAAAACUUUUCUUAAUGAAAUUUCCCGAGGGAUAUCUGUGGGACAAUCCAGGAUUCCCAUCUCUAACAGUGCCUUAUGGAAAGACUAAUGACUUCUUCUACUCAGGUCAUGUCGGGGGAGCUGUGAUAAUGAUCCUCGAAUUCAGGGAGCGUGCAAAGGAAGAGAAACAUCAGUGGCUGAUUUUCAGAAUUCUCCAAGCAUUUGCUAUAAUUACCGUGAUUCUCCAGAUACUUUUGAUGAUAUUCCUGAGGUCUCACUACACAAUUGAUCUGUUUGCUGGAGCUUUAGCCGCCCACUACUUCUUCAUAUUAGUCUCUGACUGGAUGCCCUUUAUCAACACAGUAGUCUGAAGACUCAAGAAGAAAGAGGACCGUACUUCGAGAGAAGAGAUAAAGAGUGCAAUUUCUCAUGAUACCUUUACUGAGGAUUAUCCGCAGGAUGCACAUUCUCCUCUGAUGGACAGAGAUGAGGAAGACGAAGAAAGUCAGUAUUUCAGAAAACAUUCUGGGAGUUCUAUUAAUUAA